AUGGCGCUGCCUACCAACCUCGCCACUGAGGCGUUGGUUGUUCACAAGCCAGGCGACAGAUUCGAGAUGAAGAACAUCAUUCUCGAUCAAGUACGCUCCGACGAAGUGCUUGUGGAGAUGAAGUACUCUGGUAUUUGCCAGACGGAUAACCUUCUUCAAGCAGGCCUGUUGCCAGGAGUCGAGUUUCCGGCAAUUUUCGGCCACGAAGGCGCAGGCAUCAUACGAGCCUUGGGCAGUGAUGUCAAGGACAAAUCCCUACAACUCGGCGACCAUGUUCUUCUCUCCUUCAACGUCUGUGGAAAAUGCAAGCAGUGCAUCGCCGAGAAUCCCUCCUGCUGCCACAUCCACUCGCCGGUCAACGUCGGCUCAGUUCGCCUUUCAGAUGGCUCUACUCCAGCACGGCUUGAAGACGGAACACCGGUUCGCAGCCAAUGUUUCGGACAGUCCUCCUUCUCUCGCAUGUCCGUCGUGGCUGAGCGAAGCGUGGUAAAAUGCCCCUACCCCGAGUCGCUUCCUUACUACGCCCCUCUCGGCUGUGGCUUCCAGACUGGAGCGGGCACCGUGCUCAAUACUCUCAAGCCAGACAAGACGCAAUCAGUUGUCAUUUUUGGCGUUGGAAGCGUCGGUCUCGCCGCGGUCAUGGCGGCUGCAUAUCUUCAAGUCAAGCAGCUCGUGGCUGUGGAUGUCGUCGAUGAAAAGCUCGCCAUUGCAGCCGAGUUUGGAGCGACAGAUGUAGUAAACUCCAAAACAUGUGGAGAAGGGGGUGUCGGGGCAAAGAUCCGAGAGCUCACCGACGGAGGGGCUGACUUUGCCAUCGACUGCACCGGCAGCAUCGCCGUCAUUGAGUCGCUGUUUGGAUGUCUGGCUCCGAGAGGCACUGCAACGUCGGUUGGCGUUCCACCACCGAGCAGCGUCGUCAGGAUUGAGCCUCAAGCUUUUCUACUUGAGAACAAGUCGUACAUUGGAGUUGUUGAAGGUGGUUCGCACCCCCAAAAGUUUAUUCCCAAGUUGAUGGAACUUCACCAACAAGGGCACUUUCCCGUGGACAAAUUGUGUAAAGUCUACUCGGUGAGAGAUUUCGAGACUGCGUUGGACGAUCUGCGUCAUGCCAAGGUGGUGAAGCCCAUCAUUUAUUGGGAUUGA